AAACAGUGAGUACAGAGUGCAUACACCGGAAUUUCCAGAUGCCACAAGCAGGUGCUGGACUUUGUAUUCGUGACGUUGGUCGAUGCUGCAAAGGGGUCUGUCUCCUUCCCACGUCACGAAACAUUAUAAGCCAUCGUUAAAGACUCGAAGCUGUGGUACCCAGAAAGGAGGAAAAAGAGACGGGGAGAGAGAGAGAGAAGGAGCGACACACGCGUGGUCUAUUGACUCAUUGUGCCCCUACCGACAAGAGAGCCAGAAUGAGGACUCAAGGACUGAAAUAAAAAAACGGUUGAAAUCGUGAAUUCUUGAAAGGAAAUUGGCAUGUCACCCUGGAGCAAGCUCAUCGCGCUGCUGAUAGCACUCCUUGUAAGAUAUGCCCACGCUGAAGGAGAAAUCGCCGUCCACACAGACACGGAGGUUGCCAUCAAGGAGGGCAGCGACGCUCUCCUCUCGUGCACCUACGAAUGCACGCCCCACGGGGACAACCACACGGUGGUGCAGUGGUGGAAAGUUAAAGAGGAUAAAGAUGAACAGAUUUUCAUCAGAAACGGCAAGGAGGUGAACAACCACCCCCGAGUCCAAUGGACGGGCAACCCGGCCGCGUGCAACGCUUCCAUUGUGAUGCGUAAGGUGCUGUUGGAAGACUCGGCUCAGUAUCGCUGCGAGAUCUUCCGCAUCCCCUCCUACAACGAGGGGCGCAGCGUGGUGAAGCUGCACACGUUACCCUCCACAGAACUCAUCAUCUACGCACCAACUGAAGAGACCACCAUUGUUGGAAACGAUGUUCUUCUGAAGUGCACCUACUUCUGCAAAGGCCCCAGGGACAAGUUCACGCUGGUGCAGUGGUGGAGAAUUAGAGACGGCAGGGACGAGAAGAUCUUCAUAAAAAACGGCGAAGAUCACGUCGUCCACUCGCGGUUUGCGUGGCGUGGGAACGAGACAUCGUGCGACGCGUCCAUUGCCAUCACAAACGCGAGCCUCAGUGACGUGGCCCAUUACCGCUGCGAGGUCACUUACAUCCCGUCGUACAAACAAGGCAGGAAGGUGAUGCGUCUCAACGUGCAGGCGCCACCAGAUACACCAAUUCAAACAACGCCCAGAAUAAAUCCAGAAAUCAACAACUCGAUUCAAGAUAUAAAUACACGGAUCACAGUUAUUGUCGUUAUAGUAGUAUUUCUUUUUCUCGUCGCCUGCAUUUUCAUGUGCUUACGAUGUCAGAAACAUUUUUCACGAUGCCGACAACGAACGGAACAAAGCCACAACACAGGUGCUCCAGGAAAUGGAGGACGUAAUGAGGAGGAACCGGAGGUGAUUCCGUUGCAGAGAAAUCCCUAGUCUGCAGAUGCUGCGUCUUAACGUGUCGAGCUCAUGAGCGCCAACACCUAGAAAGAAGAGGCGACAUCCUGGCAGGUGGGGGGUUACCAACCCGACCUGACCAGCAGGGUGAAUUAUGAUUAAAAUAGGACUGCAAGAAGCCUCUGCAGCAGUGGGAAAUCCCGAGCAUGUUUUACCAUAAUUUCUCACCUCCAGCCAGCGUUUCCCACUGCAGAGGCGUCUUGCAGUGCUACUUUCACAAUGUUUCCUCACGGUGAAAUGUGGUAAAGGUUUGUUGAAUAAAUCUAUAUCUCAGGGGCCAUUAGAUAAUAUUCCUUAGUGAUAUGAUGCCACUAAUUUCCAAGAGGUUUGCCCAAAGAAAAUUUAGUUGCGUCAGAAAUUAACGCUAAGAAUAUACAUUGCAAUACAGUAAAAAUGUAUUAUUGAUAUUAAUUCGUCAUCUUCAUCAUCAGCCGUGAUCUGUCUAUGACUGAAUGAAGGUUCUACCCCUAAGCCAUCAGUCACCAUCUCUCAGGGUCUGCCAGAUGCAACAAUCCAUCCUGGAGUUGCACACCAGCUGCUUUCAUUGCUCAUUGUGCUUCGUCUGCCACUCUGGCAUUAUUCGUCAUCAUAUGAAUGUAUGUUGACUUUCUUUUGCACAGUACCUAGCCACCCGUGCUAAUCGGAGGUGCGGGUCAAGGAAAACAAACAAAAUACAAAAAGUAAAUGUAAAGACAUGAGUUUUCAAUCUAGAUGAUGUAAAAAUGUGUAGCUCCAAUGGCUUUAUGAUAUCGGAGGGAUGAGCGUUCCAGUUGACUGCAGAAGCGCAUCUGAAAGCGCAUGAUGCAGUAACCGUAACCCCCCCCUCCCCCCACUUUGCGCAAGAGCACAAAAGCGUGGUCACCACAUCUACGCCU